AUGAUUACUGGUGAACUUAACUUUAAUGAUGUUAUGUAUUCAUCAGAUCAAGAAGCUUACUAUAAACUUGGUUAUAUCAUGUUCAUUUUAUUUGCUAUUUUUAUGACAGUUAUUACAAUGAAUCUUUUAAUUGGUUUGGCUGUUGGUGAAAUUCAAGGUUUAUUAAAGCAGGCUAAGUACGCUCAACUCGAUAUGACUUAUGAACUUGCACGUGAUUAUGAAGUUCUUCGAAUGCAACUUUUCAAAUUGAAAGAUCGCUGUCGAACUAUUGGUUUUCAAGUUGAACCGUAUGAAACUCGUGAUAUGCUUAAGAUACCCAAUCAUACUAAAUUCGGAAAAUGGUUUUCGAAUUUGUUGGCACGUGAAUUGUUUGCUGAUGAAUUGAUGGAUGAACCUACCGAUGAUACAACCGAACAGCAAUUUAAUAUAUUACAGGAACUUCAAUGUGGAAUGCAAAAAAUUACUUCAAAAGAUCAUGAUCAAGAUGAAAAAAGGAAGGAUUAUCAAAUCAAGAAAAAAAGUUAA